CAUUCUACUCACAUUCUAACUUCAUUUUCAUAUUUUCAAUUAGCUGAAUUAGCUACUUUCAAAUAUUUUGCAAUGGCUACCAACACCAUUUUAAGAUCAAAUUACCAGCAAAUGGCCUUUAAUUGUGUGUUGGGCCUGUUUUGUUUAAUGGUGUUGUUGCAGAAGGGUGAUGCUCUGCAAUUUACAGUUGGAGGAGCUCAAGGUUGGAGUGUGCCUUACAAUUCUACAGGAAAUGAGCAUAAUCUUUGGGCUGAAAGAACCAGAUUUCAGAUUGGAGACUCUCUAUUGUUUAACUACAAGCCGGACCAAGACUCAGUGCUGCUAGUAAACAAAUAUGACUAUGAUAGUUGCACCACAACCGGAGCUUUGGCGACCUACAACGACGGUCACACAGUCUUUACAUUUAACCGGUCCGGUCAUUUCUACUUCAUUACCGGAAACAAAGAGAACUGUCUGAAAAACCAGAAGUUGGUUAUAGCUGUUUUGGCUGACAGAAGCAAUCGUUCUUCACCUCCUCCACCUUCAGGCGAUAUGGGCAAAGUCCCGUCUCCAGCGCCUUCCGGCGAGGAGUCUCCUCCGUCUGGAACUGUUGAGAAUGUCCCAACAACAUCUCCGGUCAGUGAUACUCCUAAAAAUGCAGGCUCUUCCAUGUUCGUGAGUUUGUCGGCUUCCGUCGUCGGAGCAUUCUUUGCUUCGUAUGUGGUUUUAGUAUGCUGAGUGUUUGAAUUUUCUCUAUUCUUUUGAUUGAUUGUUUUUUAUUUUUCUGCAUGAUUUUAUCAGUUUGAGCUCAGCGGUUUGAACUGAGUAUUUCGGAGGUGUAUUGAUAUUAAUUUGUUGUAAUUUGUUUGUCACAUGAGAAAUAAGCUGGCAAUUUAUGUACUCAGCUGGGUUUGCUUACUACAUAUUGUAAGUACAUUUAUAUAGAAUGAAAUAAAUAAAUUUUUUACAA